AUGUUGUUGGACACAACUAGCAAUGAAAACUUCCUCAACAAGGAUGUAGAUGAUGGUUGGGCGCUUGUUGAGUACUUGGUUCAGUAUGAUGGUCACUACAAUAAGGAUUUUGAUAGGACCAUCAGAUCGUCGGGAGACGGUGAAUUAGACCCCAAGGAGCAUGUAAGUGAGCUGAAGAGGAAUAGAGUGCAACCAGUGGAGCAGACCAAUAUCUCUGUUACUGAGGAGUAUGUCACUGGGGACAGUGAAUUUCAAGAUGGGGAGGAUAUUCAACAAGUUUCAGCUCAGAAUGAAGCAGAGGAUCAAGCAGAGAAGAAAAUCGACAGUGUGCUCGACCAAGCACACGAUCGUGCACUCGAUCGAGUGAGUGAUCGAGUCACUGAUCGAGUGGUCCCCUCUGAGUAUGAUAAGCCCACAAAGUACAUUCCUUCAGCAUACAAACCACCUUUGCCAUUCCCAGGACGUUUCAAGGAACAAAUGAUUAGGAAGCUCAAAGAAAAGAUUGAGAAGCAGGAAUUGAUGGCCAUUCAACAUGAAGUAACUGUUGAGGAGAAGAAAGAGGAUAUAGGAUCAGCUUUGGAGCAGUAUGAACCAUAUCCUCUCUAUAAAGGCAUGUUGCUUAACAUAUCAAAGCAGAAGGCUAAGAAUCAAGCCAAGAAGGAUCUAGACAUUGGAACUGCUGCGAUUCCAACCAAGCUUGAGGAUCCAGGCUCAUUCAACCUACCAUGCUCACUGAACUAUAUGCACUUGAACAAGUGUUUCUGUGACCUUGGAGCCUCUGUUAGUGUCAUGCCCUUCUCAAUAGCAGAGAAGCUAGGAUAUGAAGAGUUCAAGCCAAGUAACCUCUACAUAAGUCUUGCUGAUGGGUCUAGGAAAGAUGUGGUUGGCAAGCUAGAGAACUUUCCAGUCAAGAUAGGUAAGGCCAGUAUACCAACUGAUUUCAUCAUCAUAGAGAUGGAACAGGAGCUUGAUGAUCCUAUUAUCCUUGGAAGACCAUUUUUGGCCACUCCUGGAGCUGUAAUUGAUGUUAAAAAGGGUAUGAUCAGUCUGGACAUUGCUGAUGGGUUGAAUAUGAGGUUUGAUAUUAAGAACACAACAAACCAACCCACCAUUGGAGGCCAACCCUUUGUUAUAGAAGAUAAAGCUGAUGUUGAGUCUUUUAAGAUAAAGCUGAUGUUGAGUCUUUUAAGAUAA